GUCAAACGCCACCAUCGGCGACGUCGCGACAUCAUAUGUCCCAUGAUCCCGUGCGGUGCUGCGCUCAAAAUCAAGAUGGCGGCUAGAGCACCAGCAUCAACUGGCCGACUGCUAACUUCUUUGUGCAAGUGGUAUUACAGUGCUGCUGGUUUCAACAAGAUAGGCCUGAUGCGGGAUGACACUCUGCUCGAGGACGAAGACGUAAAGGAAGCUAUUAGGCGCUUACCUGAGAAAGUGUACAAUGACAGGGUGUUCCGUAUUAAGCGAGCCCUGGACCUGUCUAUGAAGCACCAAAUUCUGCCCAAGGAACAGUGGACUAAAUACGAAGAGGAUGUUCGAUAUCUUGAACCCUACCUGAAGGAGGUCAUCAGGGAGAGAAAAGAGAGGGAGGAGUGGCAGAAGAAGUAGAAAGGCCCAAGACAGUGUCAUUCCUCCUGCGCUCUGAUAUGUUGUUCCUCUGUUGUAAAAGCUACUUAAACUGUAAUACAGCUUUGAACCUGUAAUUAUUAAAAUUAUAUCUUGGUUGUAUCAAGUUUUUUAAAACUUAACUGGUGUCAUGGUGGUAAAAAUAGAAUGCUGUUAUAGACAUGUCAUAAUAGGAAAAAUGGCAGAUGACAAAAA